AUGGUGUUCCAAUGGCAUAUCUCAAUCUUCUCUGUCCUCUCCUUGUUCUUCUUCAUUGUCUUCCUUCUCAAAUGGUUUUUCAACACUCCAAAAACCCAAGAAAACCUACCUCCUUCCCCACCUAAGCUUCCAAUUAUAGGAAACCUUCACCAGAUUGGGUUGUUACCUCACCGCUCGCUCCGAGCAUUAGCUCAACGUUAUGGCCCACUCAUGCUGCUUCAGCUCGGCGGUGUGCCAGUGCUCAUAGUCUCCUCAGCCGAUGCAGCCCACGAAAUCAUGAAAACCCAUGACCUGAUAUUCUCAAACAGACCCAAAUCAAGCAUUGCCAGUAGACUUCUCUAUGACUCUAAGGACAUAGCAUUUGCUCCUUAUGGAGAGUAUUGGAGGCAGGUGAAAAGCAUAUGUGUGCUCCAACUUUUAAGUAACAGGAGGGUUCAGUCAUUCAAAAACGUCAGAGAAGAAGAAACAGCACUUAUGAUUCAGAAAAUUAGGCAGAACUGUUCUUCUUCUUCUUCAGUUGUGAAUUUGAGUGAGAUUUUAAUAUCACUUACGAAUGAUGUGGUUUGUAGGGUGGCGUUGGGAAGAAAGUACAGUGGAGGGGGAGAGGUUAUGGAAUUGUUGGGGGAGUCUGCGCAAUUAUUGGGUGUUUUUAAUGUUGGGGAUUAUAUCCCAUGGCUUGGGUGGAUGAAUCGUGUAAAUGGUUUGGAUGCUAAAGUAGAGAAAGUAGCUAAAGGGCUUGAUGAAUUUCUGGAGGGUAUUGUUAAGGACCACACGGAGAGGAAGAAAGGAAAGAAUGAUGGUGGUGGUGGUGAUAGUGUUGAAGAAGGGACAGACUUUGUGGAUAUUUUGCUUGAAAUUCAGAGAGAGAAAAUGACUGGCUUUUCUAUUCAUAGAGAUACCAUUAAAGCCCUUAUCAUGGUAAGCAUAGCUCUCUACCCCUCUGUGUGUUUAUAUAGUUCUUUAGUUAUUCUCAUUGGUUUACACCGUCUUAGAUCACUUAUCAACACGGCUUUAGGUGUCUUGCAAGUUUUGAGUCAGUUGGUAUAGCCUCUAGGAAAGAAUCCAUGUAGUAAUAUUGAAAAUUCCAACACAAUCAAAAUUAGUUGAGCAAUGCUACUUGAAAUUAAUAUUUGUUGUGCUGUAAUUGAUUUAAUUAUGAGUUCUAGCAUUUAUUGAGACUUAUUACCUAUUCAAUAGUUAUAAUUGAUCAAUUAGACAAAUCAUGUCAAUAUUUUAAGUUCAAAUAAUAUUUCUCAAGUAAUUAAAAGGCCAUCAAUGUCAAGUUAUGAUUCAAAGUGGUCAAUCACAACUCAAUUGGGUCAAAUUAUGACUCAAAAAUCUUUAAAUCGAUUCUAAUUUCUCUAAUGUUAAAAGUAUUUCAUUCUUGGGAGAAGUAGUUUACCCAUAACACUUGUAAAUCUAUAAAAAAAAAAAAAACAGUAUAUAAAUCAUGUACCAAUCCGAAAUUAAUUUUUCAAGAAAUUUAUUUCUUUGUAGGAUAUGUUUGGUGCUGGGACUGAGACAACAUACAC